GCCAGCGCCGGAUGCACGUGGGGAGUGACGUAGCAGGUGGGGCUUUGGCCUGGUAGUGUUGUCUGUGUGCACGGUUUGUAGUGUCCUGUCAAUGAAGAUGGUGAUAGCGAACAGAAACGAUGUGUCGGAGCGGGUGUCAUCCGACGACUGUCUUUUGAUUGAAGAUUGCCUUCCUCCUCUACACUACUCCCCAUCAAAGCGUGUAUCACCUGCAAAACGCAAACAAUACUACAUCAAUCAAGCAAUUCGCAACUCUGAUCUCAUUCCCAAGGCAAAAGGAAGAAAAAGUCUGAGGAGACUUGAAAACACUCAUUACUUGAUGAACCUUAUAGAGAAAGAUGACUGUACCAAGGAUGAAGGAGACCAGACAGAUCCUGCCUCCCCUACAAUUUUCACAGAAGCUUGUAGUAAUGAUGACUAUGUUGAGGUCUGGAAUGAUUUCAUGAACCGUACUGGUGAGGAACAAGAGAAGUUUCUACAUUACCUAGAGGAAGAAGCGAAGAAAAAGAGCAAAGGAAAAGUGCAUCUGCAUUCACAGGACAAAAGAGGGAAGCAGUCGGCCUAUGCAGGAAAGGAAUGUUUUCAGCGAAUUGAUCGAAGACUCCGUGUUACUUUAAGACGGCGUCAAAUUCCCAUGGGUACCCUGGAGUUUCUAGAAGAGGAGCUGACUAGAUUCUUUGCCAUAAAACCACAGUCUGUGUACAAAGCAAUGCUGGAAAACAGCUAUGAGAGAUUAUUGCUUCAUGCCCUUUGUCAGUAUUUGGACCUUGUCUCUCAAAGUUCUGACUGCGAUGGAAAACGGCAGACAGAAGUAAGCAACAAAGGUACAGAUUUUCUGCCUCCUGUACCUCUGCUUUCUGCCUACCUGGAACAGAAGAGAUGAUUGUGAAAUUAUCCCCAUCUUAUUUUAGUUGGAUCUGUAAAUAUUGUUAAGUGUCUAAUCUGCAGCCGAAAUACCUUUGUGUAAAAUCCUCCUUGCUGCAUAGUCACACAUAAGGAACUAAAAGCAAGGGCCAUGAUUUAUUGAUAUAAAAUUGUUGGUUUGUUUAUCCGCUUAAAACCACAAAUACGUUUUUUUGAACAUAAUGUUCACUUUUGAAGAUUCAUCAAAAAAUAUGGUGCAUCACUCUUAUUUUUCUAACGCUUUCUGGUAUAUUCAAUAUUGAUGGGAAAGUAAAUGUCUUCUGCAGACUGCUUUAUGUGACAUUGAAUGCUGUGGCUUAUUUAUGAACAAUUCUAGUCUGUUUUUCACUACCCAGCCUGUGGGAGCCACCUGGUACUUGGUGGGGUGGGGGGGGGGGUCCACGGAUGGAAGAAGCUGAAUAAUUCCAGAGAUAUGUCAAUUUCAGAUUUUUCUCAUUUGCCAAUUCUUCAUCUAAGAGUCUGCAAUGAGUAAGUGUUGGUGUGAUCAAGCCCCUUACCAAGAGUUCCCCUAUGAGUCUAUAAGCCUAAACUCGAGCCCUCCUGGGGUGUAUAGCGAAGGAACCACACAUACAUGAAGAGUACUUUAUCUCUAAUAUGGUGGGUUGCUGGAAAAUAUUUUAACACAUUGUAAAGAAUGUUUAGUUAUGUAUCUGUAGGUAACAUUAGGUAUUGCAGAAAGUAAUAACAUUUUCUGCAUGUGAUUUGUAUUAGUUUUACUUCAAGAAUUAAUAGGCAAGAGUCAAUACGGAUUUUGGUGUGUAUAUCAUUAAUAAGGAAGAAAAAUGCAAUCUUGGAUUUAGACCGAAAUAUAUGAGUGUAGUGAGGUGUUACUUACCUGGUAGAUUUACACAUGGUGUGAAUUUAGUCACCAGGAUUGACAUUUUUUUAAAAUAACUUCUUGUUUCAUUGAGUAUGUGUUUAGUAAACAAAUUUUGUCAAAAUGAUAUUCAGCUGAUGCACUCAGACCUUAGGUAAUUUUCUUUAACAUAUCUACAGAAUUUUAUUAUUUUCUCAGCAUUGUUCUGUCUGCUCAAUAUAAUAUUUUCAAUUGCAGUGCAGUUGAUACCUACUUAAGCUGCUGUGAGUGAAUGCUCCCUCAUCAGCUUGGUGUGUAAAUAUGUUAUUUGAUUUGAGUUAAAUAGACCUGAAUAGUCCGAGCUUCAGUUUCCUAAUUAGUAUAGAUUUGAUAAUUGGUAGCUGGGACAGUAGCCAGCAGUUUAAGAUUAAUGAUUUAAAUUAGGAUGUGACCAAACAUCCCACAAUGUGCAACAAGAUGACUGGACUGAUUUCUUUCAGUGGUCAGGUUGUCUUUUCUUUCAAGAGGCUAGCUUGUAUGGCCUGCUUACUAUUUGCAUUAUUUUCUAAAAACACCAACAAGGGGUUUUGUCUUUGAAAGACAUUCGUGCUGACUGACUCCCAAAAAAUAGCCCACAUUUGUCCUACAAAAUAUUGUUCUGUAGUUUGGUUAUUUUCAUAAUUGUUACAAUCUGCCAUUCCUUUUUAAUAAAAUUAUCACUUUCCAUUUGGUUACUAAAUGUCACUUUUGCAGUUUUGAUUACAAAUUACUGUCUUUUUCUGCUAAAAUCACCCCCAUUUUCAGUUGUAAUGCAGAAAUAGUGGGAAAAAAAAUCAGUUGAGGUUAUUAUCCGGUAUUUACUUUCUUGUGAAUCCAAUAGACCAAUAUAUUAAUAAAUUCCAAAAGGCAGACUUUCUCAUAAAAAACUUUAAGUACACUGAUUAGCUUUGUCUUAAAGGUUUCUGUAUAGUAUGUAGAAAUUGUUAGCAAACAGAAACUUCAGCCUGUUACAUCAUUCAUGUUAUCAGUGGAGUAUAGGGGAGAGUUAAAGAUGAAUUCAAUUCAAAAUCCUUGUCUUUAAUAUUAUUCAUUGUCUCAAGCCACAUAACAGUAUAAAGAUAAUGAUGUUUUAUUUUUUCUGUUCCCUUCUUUGCACCCAAGUGGUUUCUAAUCCCAUUUCUUAAAUGUAAAAUUUAAAGAAUUUGACAAUUUUGCUGAAUUUAUCUUUAUUUUCUUUUUAUACAAAUUAUUGAUAUACCAUAAAAAUAUAUUUGUAGAAUUUGGCUGAAAAUGCUAACAUAUACAGCAAGUUAGUAAAUUUGUUGCACAUCCAAGAUCAUGAGAUUACAGAAAGUCCCCAUGUUGGGAAGGAGUUCCAUUCUUGAUUUCAUUUGCAAGUUGGAGCGCAAUGCAGGACAAUAUAAAAUAGCCAUUUGUAAGAACAGGUAAUAUUAAUAUUUGCAUAUACUAGAUCUUUAAAAUUAGACGGUAUGAGAUCACGUUCAUAUGUAGAAGCGUUUGUAAGUUGGGGACAUCUGUAUUUUUCAGUGUUCCAAUUGUUGCAUUAACACAAACCCCUGUCUGUUAACAAAUGCAUAAUUGUUUAAUUAUGGGAACAUGUUAAGCAAUACAUUAAUAAUAAUACAUUAAUUAAAAAUA